UGUUCGAAUCACCGACGCCGUUUCGAAAAGUAGGGCAACCUCGUGUUCUUCUGGGUAACGUGUCAAUUGGUAUGUCGCUACUAUUGUUGCGUUCUUAUCGCAUUCGGAUAUGUACAAGCGCGGUGCAUUGAUAGCUCUGGAGGGAUGCGAUCGAGCCGGCAAAUCGACUCAAGCGAAGAUGCUGAUGAAUGCGUUGAACGAUUUGCGGAUCCCGGCGAAAGCUCGCGCAUUUCCAAAUAGAAAGACUCCUGUUGGAGCUAUUUUAAAUGGUUUCCUAUCAAAAGAGGUAAAUAUACCAUCGGAGGCGGCUCAUUUGCUCUUUUCUGCCAAUCGCUGGGAAUGCAAGGAGGACAUGGAGAAGACACUUUUAUCUGGUGUUACUCUGGUGAUAGAUAGAUAUGCAGCCUCUGGUGCCGUAUACACGGCGGCCAACACUGGCAGAAGUCUCAAUUGGUGUCAACAGGCUGAUUUAGGGCUUCCAAAACCAGACUGUGUGAUAUUUCUCAAAGUGUCUAAGCGACAGCAGGAACUGCGCAGUGAUUGGGGAAAGGAAAGAUUUGAGCAUAAUGAAUUUCAGCAACGUGUCAAUGCCAAUUACGAGAAAUUAAGAGAUGAUACUUGGGUCAUUGUAGAUGCCGAGCAAGAUGAAUCAGCAGUACAUGCUGAAAUACUACAGAAAACACUAUCUGUUAUUCAAGAAGUUGAAUAUCGUAAUAUAGAGUUAUUAAGUGACUGAAAACAGUGACAAAUCUAUAUAUUUCUACCUCAGCAAAAAAUUACUAUAUUAAUAAUUCUAUGCGAUAUUCAUUGUCUUUAAUAAAAUCCUAAGAAAAUAUCAAAUAUAUUCCCUGUUAAAUAAA